UGGCCUUGGCAAAGAGAAGGGUUGGCAACCAAGUAGGCACGUCCUGAGGAGAUUAAGAAAUCAGUUGCGUCAGGAGACUAAAAUAGCGAAGGAUUUUGGAGGAUUGUCAAUUAUUUUAUGCAAAAAGGGUUUUUUUUUUAUUUUCAAGGAUAAUUUUAACAUUUUUAAAUCGCACAUAAGAUCAUAUAAUAUAUAUACUAGAUUAGUUCCCUAAAUUGUCGCAUGUAAAUUUUCCCUUUUUUUUAACUUGUCGAGAAUUUUGAAGUUUUCUUAUGUUACAAUGCCAGAGUUCCUUUACUUUCCUCGAGAAUAUUUUCUACCUUUUGCAAUUAAUAGCAAAAAGGAUUUACUUGAAAUUAAGGUCCCCGGCUGGUUGCAAAUAUUUUCUACGCUUCUCGUAGCUGCCAACCGCUAACUGGCUCAGUUAGUAAAGUAAGGUCCCCGGCUGAUUGUAGCGGAGACUGGCCUCCGUUGUCUACUCCCAUGAACCCAAAAAAUAAAAGGAAAACUGGGAAAGAAAUUAACGCUUCUCUGACUCAGGUGAUUAUUAUCUUAUCAUGGCAGACGCGGUAAAGCUUUUUGUUCAUGAUAGGGAGUUCAUAUUUUUUCAGGCUCUCAUCGGCCGGUGUAUCUAUCCAUCAAAGUCCAAGCUAGAUGUACAAGUAUUUGUAACUGAACCCUGGCAAUGAUUAUGGGAGUAGAGGUUCAGCUUUUUGUCACAAUCCAAAGAGAAAGUGAUGAAUUGUAGCACAAGAUUUUGAUUUCAUAGUUGUUCCAGGGUGUUUUGUUAAAGGACAGAAAACAGCAGAGGUUUAUACAAUUCGAAAUUGAGGUUCUUUGUAUCAAGGGAACCUGGAAAUUCCCAAUUAUCUCAAUAAUGAUUUCAGCUAGUUAUGGGAAGGGAAUAGAGGAAGUUCAGGAAGAACUAGGCUCAAGUCCAAUUCCAAAUGGUUCUGAAGGAAUGGCCAGAGUCCCAUUUCACAUGUCAUCAUCUCAAAGAGGACUGCUAGGCCAAGAAAACCCUCAAAAAGGGUCUCCAAAUGUUUCAACAGCUCUUCCUAGUAGAGUAGGGAUCCUGAAAUUUGGUUCAACUGGUCUUUUGGCUUCUCCAUCAGCUAAAUUCCUGCAAAUUUCCGAGGAAAGAGAUGAAGUUUCACGUUCAGUUCCUUCUUCUGCUAGCCAAGGUUCCCAAAAUCAUUUUAAUUUGGUCUUUGUUCAGAAAAUUAAUUGGGUAUCUCUGAGGAAAAUCUGCAAAGAGUGGAUCAGAAAUCCAAUGAACUUGGCCCUUCUUGUUUGGAUCACCUGUGUUGCUGUCUCUGGUGCUAUCCUCUUCCUCGUCAUGACUGGAAUGUUGAACAAUGUCCUACCAAGGAAAUCCCAGAGAGAUGCCUGGUUUGAAGUCAAUAAUCAAAUCCUCAAUGCCCUCUUUACACUUAUGUGCCUUUACCAACAUCCUAAGCGGUUCCACCACCUUGUGCUUUUAUUCAGAUGGCAACCAGGGGAUAUCUCUGACAAUGAGGUUGUUAGGGAGGCAUUGGGGGUGACAGGGAUCGUGCUUUGUGUAUUUGGUUUGCUGUAUGGGGGCUUCUGGAGGAUCCAGAUGAGGAAGAAGUUCAAAUUACCUGAUAAUGGCUUCUGUUGUGGUAAGCCAGCAGUGACUGAUUGUGCACAGUGGCUUUUCUGUUGUUCGUGCUCUCUUGCUCAGGAAGUUAGGACAGUAGAUUUUUAUGAUAUUGUGGAAGAUAAAUUAUAUAAAAGGCAAACUGAAGAGGGUUACCGGACAACACCUUGUGAAGUUGGCUCUUUUCAGUCCACUUCUGGCCCAAGUUCUCUGCUUCAGAACAACUCUAGUUCAUCAAAGCUUAGGAUGGAAAGCUCAUCAAGUCCGAGUGGAAUUUCAAAAGAAUAUUAUAAUCCUGACAUGCAGCUAUUCAUGGUCGAGGAAGAGUCUUCUACAAAAGGAACAGACAACACAAUGGCACCUCCUGUAUCUUCAUUGAUACAAAGAGAUGAUAAUCAGCAAUGUCCUGUUUGAAUUGCAAUAUAUUCUGUAGUAUACAUGAUGUUGUGCAGAGUUAUACUUAAGAUAAAAGAUAAGUGUUUUGAAUUAA